AUGAAUUGUGUAAAAUGUGGAACAAGUUUCUGCUAUCGUUGUGGUGAAGCGUUUCGUAGUUGGAAGGCCUUUGGAGAUCAUUCUAGCAAACUAAGUGUGUUUGGUUGUAAAUAUGCGUUCUUACCUCAGAAGCCUUUCUGCAGAAAAUUAAUACGUGGCUCCAUAUUCAGUACCAGAGUGUGUGCAGCCGUCUUUGUUGGCACUCUGGCCAUUGGUGUAGGCAGUGCAGCAGUCUGUGUGAGUGCUGCUGCCCUUCCCUUUUAUGGUGCCAUACGCUUAUGUCAGAAGUUGAAGCGCAAAAGGAGAUCAUCCAUACCAGAAUCUGUCAGUCCAACGACUUCACCAACAAAUUGUUAUUUGAUACGGAAAAUUCCAAAUAUUUCUGAAGAGACUGAACAAAAAGGAAAAUAUCUGAAACAUCCAGCUGCACUAAUCAAUGGAUUCCUGUAUUUGAAAUUUCCCCCAUUUUCCCCCAUCCCUCUUUCCCCCCUCCUUCCCUCUUUCCCCCCCCCUCCUCUUUCCCUCCCCCAUCCCAUCCCUCCUCCUCUCUCUCCCCAUCCCUCCUUUCCCUCUCUCCCCAUCCCCCUCCCUCCCCUCUCCCCAUCCCUCCCUCCUCUUUCCCUCUCCCCCCAUCCCUCCCUCCUCUUUCCCUCUCAUUAUCUCAACCCAUAUUUUUCAAACAGUCAAACUGUGACAUUUAAUUUUCCAUUUCUUUUUAUAUAA